AUGAAACGCGUCUGCAGCCCAGAUACCAACCCAGAUACCAACCCAGAUACCAACCCAGAAACCAGCCCAGAGCAUGAGCCGAGAAUGGAAAUCCCGAUAGAUGAUCAGCGCCCAAUUCUCUUAAGCCUAAAUGCCCCCGUCUCUCCCCCGCGGAAAAGGUCAUGCAUUAACCGGGCCAAGGAUGGAGAUGGAGGAGACGGUAUCCCGCUGAACGCAUCACAGCUAAACACUUCAUCCAGCCUCGCUGCCAUCGAAGCAGGUCAGGUUGAAGUGACCGACCAUCUGAGCACAAUCUCUAAAAAGCUCAAACAAUGCGUUCGCUCACUUUCACAACAACCAAUCCCGCGGCUACCGAUCAAGGAAUGGAUGGAGCUGUACAGGCGAAACGAACACCCAGAAGGACGCCAUUUCGUCAUUCAUCAGCAUGAUCAUCCCAUCGCAGGGCCCCAUUAUGAUCUCCGCCUCCAGUUCUCAGAGACAAGCUCUGUCAGUUGGUCGGUCAUGUAUGGGAUGCCUGGAGAUCCGAAUAGCCAGCGAUUAAAUCGGAAUGCGACUGAAACUCGGAUCCAUUGUUUAUGGAAUCACCUCAUUGAAACAGCUUCCCAUAAAACGGGGAGCUUGAUUAUCUGGGAUACCGGAGAAUAUGAAGUUCUACCUUAUCAGAUGGACCGAUCUGGUCCCGAUACGGACGAUCCUCGAUCAGAGAUCUCUGAAGAUGGUCACGGCCCACCGGAAGAGCAGAUCUCAGAUAGUGCGAAGUUGCAGGAAGCUUUCAAGAAUCGCAAAAUCCGACUCCGACUGCAUGGAACCCGCUUACCAAAAGACUACACUAUCAUUUUGCGGAUGGACAAAAAAACCAAUUUCGCGAGGCCGAUCCGCGAAGGCCCCAAACGGCGUCGUCGGCACCUAUCCAGGCCAACGGUGCCACGAGCGCUGUCUACCUCGGACUCCGGAUCGCUUUCGCCGCCCCCUGGUAAACUAGAAUCAAGGGGGGAACCGACACCGCAACAAUCUCAAACCGGAUCUCAAACCAGCCCGGCUAAGCGUGCACAUGCAGACAAUGCCUACACCGCCGCUGACAUUGAAAUCCAAAGAAACAACGCCUACCCAGGAUCCAGUAACACGAUCGGCUCAAUCCACCAACGGCGCUGGUACCUCAGUUUAGACCGGGAGUCGUCUGGAUUUGAGCCGACCACAGUGAGAGGAAAUCGAAAUGAGGGAUUGAAAGAAACAAGUAGAAAAAGGACGUGGACUCCCAUGACCGUCGGAAAAGGAUUCGAGCCGUUUUACGUGCACGGGCCGCAGGCUGAGCGAAGCGUUAUCACCGCGCGUUUGGGGGGCGAUGUCUUGAAUGAUGAGGGCGUGGAAGAAUUUGUGCCGAGACGCGGGUGGAGGCCGGUCCUGCAUUAG